UCUGUGCGUGAGUUCGCUGUAGAGAUGGGUCGCCGCGAGUCAGCCAUCGAUGUGUUGGUCAAUAAUGCGGGCGUUUUUAUGUGUCCCGAAUGGCAGACCGCAGACGGCUUUGAGAUGCAGUUCGGCACUAAUCACCUUGGCUCAUUUCUAUUAACACUACAAUUGAUGCCAAUGUUAAAGAGGGCGCCGGCGGCCCGUGUGGUCAACCUUUCGUCCAGCGCACACAUCAACGGUCAAAUAUACUUUGACAACAUUAAUCUCCGGGACGGGGCCUACACUCCCACCAAGGGUUACGGCCAGAGUAAACUGGCCAACAUAUUGUUCACCAGGGAGUUGGCCAAACGGCUGGGCCCGGCCAGUAGUGUACGCGUGUAUGCCUUGAAUCCCGGUGUUGUCCGUACGGACGCCCAAAGGCAUGUGACUAACGCUGUGUUUGAUUGGCUUAUGAAACGCCUGUUUCUCACCCCCGAGAUGGGCGUCCAGACAUCCCUGUACUGCACCCUCGAUGAAACUUUGGAUAAUGAAUCGGGCUUUUAUUAUGAAAAUUGCAAACGUGUGGACCAUAUGAUACCCGAGGCUACCGAUGAUAAAGUGGCGGAACGUCUGUGGGAUUUAAGCUGCGAUUUGGUUGACCUGAGCGAUGAUCAGCGCCGGGUCUACAUAGCGUGUCGCGAUAUGGCUAAAGCCGAAACAGCCGUACAGGACAUAAAGGCCGGUAAUCCCGGGGCCGACAUAACAGCUGUUAAGCUGGACUUGUCGUCACUCGCGUCUGUGCGUGAGUUCGCUGUAGAGAUGGGUCGCCGCGAGUCAGCCAUCGAUGUGUUGGUCAAUAAUGCGGGCGUUUUUAUGUGUCCCGAAUGGCAGACCGCAGACGGCUUUGAGAUGCAGUUCGGC